UAAAUGUCAUUGUCAUUUUACUUUUAAUCUUUUUGUUGUUGUAGGCCCGGUACUUAUUUAUAAUUAUAUAAUUAUACUUAUUUAUAAUUAUAAUAAUACUUCUAAUUGCAUUUAUUACAACGCAAGAGACCCUAAAGAGCUCCCGAUUAAACCUCCGUUAACUAACGGGAUGUUAAUCGAGACAUAAAGUCAAAGUACCAUAAAGUUGUAAUUGUUAUCGUUGUAGUUAUGUAGUUGUAACUUGUAAAUAUAAAGUGUGUUUCCUUAGGGAAUUGUUGUUGUGAUUUCACUUUUUAUGUGUGAAAUUAUUAAUGAAAUACAUAAAAUCAAAUGGAGGUAAAACAAGAGAUUAGUGAUGAAUCCUGUAAAGUAGAAAUAGAGUAUAAUGACCUGGAUGAAGCUCUUCUGGAUGGCUUUAAAUGUGAAAUCAAGGAAGAAUCCAAUAGGCAGAGUACACCUGGCACAUAUGAUUAUUUAGACUUAAAGCAACACCCAAUAAAAACUGAAAUAGAAAAACAUGGGAAUAAACUUAACCCAUUUGAAGGAAACCAACAAAAUGAAACAGAUUGUCUCCAAGACACCAAAAUGGAAAUCAUGGAAGCACUAACUGAACAUCCAUCACACGAAGCAAAUUAUAAAAAUCCUAAUGUUGAAGGAUUAACAUUAACUAAAGACAUAAAAGAAAGACCUAAUAAAUGUGAAAUUUGUUUUAAGCAGUUUAGUGAAGCAAGUCGUUUAGAAAUACAUUUGAGAGUGCACACUGGAGAAAAACCUCACAAGUGUGAAAUUUGUUUUAAGCAGUUUAAUCUAUCAGGUAAUUUAAAAAAACAUAUGAGAGUGCACACUGGAGAAAAACCUCACAAGUGUGAAAUUUGUUCUAAACAUUUUCGUCAAGCAAGUCAUUUAAAAACACAUUUGAGAGUGCACACUGGAGAUAAACCUCACAAGUGUGAAAUUUGUUUAAAGCAAUUUUUUCAAGAAAGUCAUUUAAAAUCACAUUUGAGAGUGCACACUGGAGAUAAACCUCACAAGUGUGAAAUUUGUUUAAAGCAAUUUUUUCAAGAAAGUCAUUUAAAAUCACAUUUGAGAGUGCACACUGGAGAAAAACCUCACCAGUGUGAAAUUUGUUUUAAGCAGUUUAAUCUAGCAAGUUAUCUAAAAAAACAUAUGAGAGUGCACACUGGGGAAAAACUUCACAAGUGUGAAAUUUGUUUUAAGCAGUUUAGUGAAGCAUGUAAUUUAAAAUUACAUUUGAGAUUGCACACUGGAGAAAAACCACACAAGUGUGAAAUUUGUUAUGAGCAGUUUACUUCGUCAAGUCAUUUGAAAUACCAUUUGAGAGUGCACACUGGAGAAAAACCUCACAAGUGUGAAAUUUGUUUUAAACAGUUUAUGCAAACAAGUAAUUUAAAAAAACAUAUAAAAGCGCACACUGGGGAAAAACCCCACAAGUGUGAAAUUUGUCUUAGACAAUUUAUUGAAGCAAGUGAUUUGAAAAUACAUUUGAAAUUUCACACUGGAGAAAAGCCCCAAAAAUGUGAAAUUUGUUUUAAGCGAUUUACUACAGUAGGUAAUUUGAAAACACAUUUGAGACUACACACUGGAGAAAAACCUCACAAGUGUGAAAUUUGUUUUAAGCAGUGUAAUCUAGCAAGUAAUUUAAAAAAACAUAUGAGAGUGCACACUGGAGAAAAACCUCACAAGUGUGAAAUUUGUUUUAAGCAGUUUACUGAAACAAGUAAUUUAAAAACUCAUUUGAGAGUGCACGUUGGAGAAAAACCUUACAAGUGUGAAAUUUGUUUUAAGCAAUUUAUUCGAUCUAGUGAUUUGAAACGACAUUUGAGAGUACACACUGGAGAAAAACCUCACCAGUGUGAAAUUUGUCUUAAGCAAUUUAUUCGAUCUAGUGAUUUGAAAUCACAUUUGAGAAUACACACUGGAGAAAAACCUUACAAGUGUAAAAUUUGUCUUAAGCAAUUUAUGAGAACAAGUGAAUUGAAAUUACAUUUGAGAGUACACACUGGGGAAAAACAAUAUAAGUGUGAAAUUUGUUUUAAGCAAUUUUUUCAAGCAAGUCGUUUAAAAUCACAUUUGAGAGUGCACACUGGAGAAAAACCUCACAAGUGUGAAAUUUGUUCUAAACAAUUUUCUGACAAAAGUCAAUUAAAAAGACACUUGAGAGUGCACUGGAGAAAAAUCUCAUAAGUGUCAAAUUUGUUUUAAGCAAUUUAUUCAAUUCAGUCAUUUAAAAUCACAUUCGAGAGUGCACACUGGGGAAUAACUCCACUCGUGUGAAAUUUGUCUUAAGUAAUUUAUUCAAUCAAGUAAUUUAAAGACAUAUGAGAGUGCACACUGCGGAAAAACUUCACUCAUGUGAAAUUUGUUUUAAGCAGUGGUAGUAGAGCAAGUAAUUUAAAAUACCAUUUGAGAGUGCACUUGCCUGCCAAAGUAAAACAGUAUAUGUGAAAAAAAUCGAUUUUUGAAUUUGCCGCCGAAACUGGAUAAUUUUUUCCGCUCUUAUGCAAUUUUUAGUUAUUUCUAUCUCAUUUAGUUUUCAAAAUGUGACACUGGUAAAAUA